UUCAAGUCGCCGGAGAAAUUUUACGACGAAAUUGUACAAACUGUCGGCAACAUUGUGAUCCUGAAAUUUGGCAACCCUGCUCAACUUCACCCCCAUCAAAAUGGUGUUUCGCAGUGUUAUCUUUUUACGUGUUUCGCGAUUUAUACGUGUUCAAAGCUUGUAUGAUUGAUGUACGUAGACAUAGGCCUACUACGUAGGUAAUUACGUAUCUCACGAGUUAGAUAGCUUUGAAGUUGCGAUUUUGUGCGUUUCUUUCCAAAAAAAGUUUUUAUUCGAAUUGAAAUCAAUUAGAAUUUGAGAUUUUUCUAGUCAUUUGGGUCAAGGAUUGCUGCCUCGAUCAAAUCAGUCGUGUUCAAAGGCUCUUUCAAAGUUUCCCUCUUGUGAUCAGUUGAAUUUGUGAACUUUGUCGGAUAUUGCGAGUACAUCAAUGGCAGAAAACCGAAGAUUCGUUGGUAGCCAACGUGGUGGGUUGAUGUUGAUGCCCGUCACGAAAUUCUGUUCGUUCCGUUGGCCAAUUGAACAAAUCUCGUUUCGCUUCAGACAACUAAACAAUUUUCAAUCGUGUGAAUUUUCAGCUGACGAUGAUAAUUUAAUUUGGGUUUUGCAGAUGGUAUUUAUUAGGGAAGCUUACGAUCCGAACAUCGUCAGUGCUGCCAUUCUCUUACACUCUGAUUGGAAAUACAAAGGCUGUAGCGACCUAUUCGGGUGCGGUAGAAUUGCGAUUCUGAACUGCAACGAGAACGAAGUAAUCAAGUGUCAAAAUUUCAACUUCAACUUUACAUUCAGUGACCCGUGUACUAUGAUUGAUUUAAAAGCCCAUGAUCUAGCCGGACGGCAAUUUCCAGGAGAUAAAAUGAUAGUUCGUUGCGAGCUGAGUUACAGGUGCGUAAGAGGAGAAUACAGUAGAGCCUCAUCGGAUUUCCGAUCUAGCCACUCAGAUUUCCGACCUAGCUACUCGAAUACAGCUGCUGAUUCGUCCGCCACCCUUACUAGUGAUCUAGAACGGAUCCUGAAAGAUGAACUUUUCACCGAUGUGACUAUUUCACUGAGAGGUAAAAAUUAUCCGCUUCAUAGAGCCUUCUUAGCUGCUCGCAGUCCGGUUUUCAAAAGCAUGUUUAGUACAAGCAGCAAUGAGAAUAACGUCGUUAAAAUCGACAAUAAUAUGUAUCGAGAUACUUUCGAUAAAAUGCUCUUAUACAUUUAUACGGGAAAGGCGGAAGAGUUAGAAAAAUGGGCUUUGCACUUACUACCAGCUGCGGAAAAGUAUAAGCUCGAAGAAUUGAAGCAGAUGUGCGAAGAAACCAUGAUCAAGGAUUUAUCGGUGACUAAUGUUCCCCUUUAUUUACUGAAGGCGGAUGAAAAUGGUGCUGAAAGAUUGAAGGAGAAUUGUCUUCGAUUUAUCCGAGCAAAACGCGCACAGUUCCAGAAUAUUAGAACUACCGAACUUUGGGAUGCUGUGAAAAGGGAUCGUCCUCAGUUGCUGGAAGAUUUGCUGGCUAUUUUCUUUUAUUUUUAAAAUAGAUAUAUUUUUGGUGUAACUAAAGUAUUGGUUGGUAUUUUUAUAUUUUUUGAGGUUGACUCAUUAUAAAUUGUUGUGUCGGAA